GCCCCGCCCCGGCGCGCAUUUCCAUUUUAAACCGCCGCCUGUCGGUCCCACAGCCGAGGCCAGCGCUCCUGCCGGAGCUUCCCGGGCCCUGGGAGUGGCGCAGGCUCCGGAGCCACCGAACUGUGCAAAAAAGGCCUGAAGAUGCGAGCGGGCCCGGCGCCAUAGACAAUGAAGCCGCGGGCGCCGCCGCCCGCCCCGGGCCCUGCGCGCCUCGGCCGCACCUGCCGGCGAGACCAUCCCUGCGCCUGACUGUCCUCCCGCCCUUCCGCCGCUCCGCCCACCCGCCCCGCUGGCGGAUGGCUGGGCGCCCCAGGCCUGGACCCCCGCACUCUGGCCGCGCGGCGCACGGGCUGGUGGGCGCCAGGGGCGCCCUACCCGCAGCUUAAGCGGGGCCCUCGCGGUGAACAGGGGGCGUGGGCCCUCUCACGGCGCGCUCGCUCUCGCCGCCUCGCCCGGCGACCGCCUGACCACGCGUCCCGGCCCGCGGCCCGCCGGAUGCGGCGCGGCCCCAGCGGGCGGCGCUGCGGCCGCGUCCCCAGACGAAAUGUACCUACUGGACGGCAGCGGCGAGCCUGCAUCUCCGCCUGCGGACACGAUGCCGCGCGGGACGCCCCCCAGGAAGACAGUCUACCGCAUUUCCGUGACCAUGGUCAGGAAGGAACAGCUGGCAGCCCCGGGUGGCUCCGAGCUGCGCCCCGCUCGGAGGCUCCGGCCCGCGCGCUCCCCGGACGCGCCUGGGCGCCUGGUGGAAGAAGAGGCGGAGGAGGCGGGCACUGAGGAGCCGGAGGGCCACCAGCCGCGCGCCGGCGACUUCCGCACCUUCCGCACCCGCAGCACCGGGCAGCUGGAGCUCGGGCGGUUUCGGCCGUGCGCGCGCGGCCCGCCUCCGGCGGACCUGGCCGGCAGUUCCCCGGCCAUGGAGCAGGAGCCCAGCUCGCCUGCGCCAGGCAGCCCCGACGUAGAGGGGGCCCGGGCCGCACCCCUGCGGCGGAGCCUCAGCUUCAGGCAUUGGAGUGGGUCGGAGGUGCCGCGGGACCCAGUCCUGGGCCGCGGGAGGCGACACAGCAGCUCUGGGAACCUGGCCUGGGCGCCGGCUGGCGAGGUCACGGCCGGCCCCAGGGCCAUGCCAGAGCCCGCGGCCGCCGCGCAGCCUGCCUCGGAAAAGCGCAACACCCUGGAUGUGGGCGAGGUGCUCAGCAAGAACGAUGCUCUCUCGGACCUGGAGCGCUGGGAGCGCAGCAAGAGCAAGAACCGCACGCUGGACAACAGCGACCUGCAGCGGCUGGAGCGCACGCGGGCUGCGGCCGCAGGCCCCUGCUCGGCCUCAGAGCACCGGCUGCUGCGCUUCUUCAGCGGCAUCUUCGCGCGCAGGGACAGCGCGCUCGCUGGAGGGCCCUCCCCGCGGAGCGGCCCCUUGUGGCCACGCGGCUACUUCAGCCUGCGGCGCGCCCCGACCGACGCGCAUUCCUCCAGCGCUGAGAGCAUCGACGGGUCCCCGCGCAGAGAUGCCUUUGUGAACAGCCAGGAAUGGACGUUAAGUCGGUCUGUCCCGGAGCUCAAAGUGGGGAUCGUGGGCAAUCUGGCCAGCGGCAAGUCGGCGCUGGUGCACCGCUACCUGACCGGCACGUACGUCCAGGAAGAGUCUCCCGAAGAUAUGGAUGCAGGUGGCAGAUUCAAGAAAGAGAUUGUUGUUGACGGACAAAGUUAUCUGCUGCUGAUUAGAGAUGAAGGGGGCCCCCCAGAGGCACAGUUUGCCAUGUGGGUGGACGCUGUUAUAUUUGUCUUCAGCUUGGAGGACGAGAUUAGUUUCCAGACUGUCUACCACUACUACAGUCGGAUGGCCAACUACCGGAACACGAGCGAGAUUCCUCUGGUUCUCGUGGGGACCCAGGAUGCCAUCAGCUCCACGAACCCACGGGUCAUCGACGACGCCAGGGCAAGGAAGCUGUCCAGCGACCUGAAGAGGUGCACCUACUACGAGACGUGUGCCACCUACGGGCUGAACGUGGAGAGGGUCUUUCAGGAUGUUGCUCAGAAAAUUGUUGCUACGAGGAAGAAGCAGCAGCUGUCCAUCGGACCCUGCAAGUCGCUCCCCAACUCUCCCAGCCACUCGUCCGUCUGCUCCGCCCAGGUGUCCGCCGUGCACAUCAGCCAGACAAGCAAUGGAGGUGGGAGUUUAAGCGACUACUCCUCCUCCGUUCCCUCGACGCCAAGCACCAGCCAGAAAGAACUGCGGAUUGACGUGCCUCCCACUGCCAACACGCCCACGCCGGUCCGCAAGCAGUCCAAGCGCCGGUCCAACCUUUUCACCUCUCGGAAAGGGAGUGACCCAGACAAAGAGAAGAAAGGCCUGGAGAGCCGAGCGGACAGCAUCGGGAGCGGUCGAGCCAUCCCAAUUAAGCAGGGCAUGCUGCUGAAGCGAAGUGGCAAAUCACUGAACAAAGAGUGGAAGAAGAAGUAUGUCACCCUGUGUGACAAUGGCGUGCUGACCUAUCAUCCCAGCUUACAUGAUUACAUGCAGAAUGUUCACGGUAAAGAGAUUGAUCUCCUGAGAACCACUGUGAAAGUCCCAGGCAAGAGGCCCCCGCGAGCCACCUCGGCCUGCGCGCCCAUCUCCAGCCCCAAAGCCAACGGCCUGUCCAAGGACAUGAGCAGUUUACACAUCUCACCAAAUUCAGGGAAUGUCACUAGUGCAUCUGGGCCUCAGAUGGCGAGCGGCGUCAGCCUGGGCUCCUUCGGCAGCCGACCGGAUGGCAUGCAGCAGCGCUCCUACUCAGUCUCCAGUGCGGACCAGUGGAGUGAGGCUACGGUCAUUGCAAACUCGGCCAUCAGCAGUGACACGGGGCUAGGUGACUCCGUGUGUUCCAGCCCAAGUGUCUCCAGCACCACCAGCCCCAAGCUCGACCCGCCCCCCUCCCCUCACGCCAACAGAAAGAAGCACCGAAGGAAGAAAAGCACCAGCAACUUCAAAGCCGAUGGUCUCUCGGGCACCGCCGAAGCCAAACGCAAAGCAUGGAAACUAAACCGUGUUGGUAGCCUGCGAAAUAUAUACAGCAGCAGCACCAACACCGAAGAGCAAGAAGAAAACUUUGAGUUUAUCAUUGUGUCCCUCACUGGCCAGACGUGGCACUUUGAAGCCACCACGUAUGAAGAGCGAGAUGCAUGGGUCCAAGCCAUCGAGAGCCAGAUCCUAGCCAGCUUACAGUCGUGUGAAAGCAGCAAGAAUAAGUCCCGGCUGACGAGCCAGAGUGAGGCCAUGGCUUUGCAGUCGAUACGAAACAUCCGAGGGAAUUCCCACUGUGUGGACUGCGAGACCCAGAAUCCGAACUGGGCCAGUUUGAACUUGGGAGCCCUCAUGUGCAUCGAGUGCUCAGGGAUCCACCGGAAUCUGGGCACCCACCUUUCUCGAGUCCGGUCUCUGGACCUCGACGACUGGCCCAUCGAGCUCAUCCAGGUGAUGUCGUCUAUUGGGAACGAGCUGGCCAACAGCGUCUGGGAAGAGAACAGCCAGGGCCGGACGAAGCCUUCACUGGACUCCACAAGGGAAGAGAAGGAGCGCUGGAUCCGGGCCAAGUACGAGCAGAAACUCUUCCUGGCUCCACUGCCAUGCACCGAGCUGUCCCUGGGCCAGCACCUGCUGAGGGCCACCGCCGACGAGGACCUACGGGCAGUCAUCCUGCUGCUGGCACACGGCUCCCGGGACGAGGUGAACGAGACGUGCGGGGAAGUGGACGGCCGCACAGCGCUGCACCUGGCCUGCCGGAAGGGGAACGUGGUCCUGGCACAGCUCCUCAUCUGGUACGGCGUGGACGUCAUGGCCCGCGAUGCCCACGGGAACACGGCGCUGGCCUACGCCCGGCAGGCCGCCAGCCAGGAGUGCAUCGACGUCCUGCUGCAGUACGGCUGCCCCGACGAGCGCUUCGUGCUCAUGGCCACCCCCAACCUGUCGCGGAAGAACAAUAACCGGAACAACAGCAGUGGGAGAGUGCCCACCAUCAUCUGAGGGUUGUCGCACCCACCUGCCCAACGCCCCGGGCGACCGCAGCCGCCAGCAUCCUCUCUCGGAAGUGACAACACGUGAGUCCCGCCGCGUCCCCUCACUCUCCCUGGUGGUCACCUCCACAGCACCUGCCACCCACCUACCCUCCCUCACCCCAGCGAAAUCACAAAACCUGGACAGCCCUCAAGGGCCGAAGAGGAGGCCAGCAGGCAGCGGGAGCGAUUUUUUUGUUGUUUUUUUCAUAAACUCCCCUAAUCGACAAGUAGGAGCAACCGACGGGCCUUGGUUGGUUGACGAUAGCACACGGCAGCACGGGACCCUCGUCCCGGUGGCCUGUAGACAGAGCACGGCACAAGGGACAGGGGACAGGGGACGGGGACGGGGACGAGAGGGGGAGGGGAGGCAGGAGCGAGGAGAGGGGUAACUCUCCUCAACUGGCAGUUAAGCACAUCAGUACAUUUCACCUCCACCAAACGGAACACUUGGAUUUCAGCUCUUCUCCGAGGAGCUUGACGGCAUAAAUCAGAAGCAAGCAGAGUUUGUCAGGUUUGAAGCCCCUAUGAUGGUAUGUGUCAAAUCAGUUGUAGCUAAUCUGUCCAGGGGGAGUACUGGCUUCAUUACACUUGUGUAGUUGAGUUCUUCCAGCAUUACCGCUGUUUAAUAGAACAUGAUUAGUCAUCACCGGGAAGAAAGCAUAUUAGCCGAGGAGGCAGUCAGGCAGCUCGCUCUGGUGAUUGCCACCGUGUGAUUGCAAUACUCGGAGAAGCAUCGUAUUAUCCCAGGCCCUCGGAGCCCUCCUUUCUAAAUUCACUGUCAUAAUUUAGUAUCUGUUUAAUUUUUCAGUCCAAAGAGAGGAAAUCAGUUGCUGAGUCUUAUUUGACUGCAGUCUCCUUGGUGCAAAAACAAAAUGGAAAAAAAUAAAUAAGAAUAACCCGGAAAUUCACAAGGCAAUCACGAAUUCAGCUAAUAAUAACAUUUCACGUGCAUUUAGUAACCUAAGUAAAUGCAUAAAAGGCUGUGUUGCCCCCCCAAACGUGAGAGAUAUUUUAUGUCCUUUUGCCAAGGGGGACGUGUUGGGUCUCAGUCAUUCCUGGGCCGCGUUGCCCAAGUCACACACACAGGCUUCUGUAUCAUGUGUUUAGAUGUGUGGAAAUCUAUUUGAAUAAAAGAAGCAUAAAUAUGCAUUGAUUUUUGUACAGACAAAUGGCACCUCUGUUAAUUUAUAAAUUGAACUGGAUGUGAACUAAUAAUGUACAACUAGUUGAGAUAAGAGGGUUACAGAUCACUGUACAUGGAAAAUAUUCACAGCGGUAAACACUCCCAUUAAUGUGAUAUACAGCUUUUAAAAAGGAGCACAUCAGAAUACAAUGUGGUACAAUUUGCUUAUUAAAAUCAAGAAAGGAAAAAAAA